AUGUCCUCGUCAGUACGCAGGUCGCGCAUGGCAAGCGCCUUCAACGUCAUGUAUACGAAUGCCGUAUACUGGCCUAACCACAGCAUCUACAACGGAAACACACCCGCUGACCUCAACUACGGUUGCAUAAACCGAGUCUACUACGCUUUCGCCACUGUGACGGUGGAUGGAGGUGUAUUCCUUAGCGACGAGUGGGCAGAUGCCCGAGCACCUUGUGACGGCGUCCAAGGUGCCUUAGGGUCCCUGAUGCACCUCAAACAGAGAUAUCCUCAUCUGCAAGUUGUGCUGUCGAUCGGCGGCGGCGCUUCGAGUGAGACAUUCCCCGUCGUGGCAUCCAACGCCAUCCUGCGGGACAACUUUGCACGCUCUGCUCGAGGUCUAGUCGAAGCAUCGGGCCUCGAUGGCAUUGACAUCGUCUGGGAAUACCCCUGCACCCCGCAACAAGGGAAUGACUUCCUUGCCCUGCUUGCGGCGAUCCGCAUUCAUCUUCCGGAAGACCGCUUCCUGCUCACGGCCGCUCUCCCGGCUGCUAGGCCUGUCCUCCAAACCAUCGACCUCCGGCGCGCAGCCGAAUACCUUGACGCUGUCAAUCUGACAGCCUACGACUUCUACGGCCCUUGGACCCACAGGACUGGCCACCAUGCCCAGCUUUACUCGAUGGUCAAAGACGAGCCGUCGGUCGCGUCUGGGGUACACUAUCUCAUGGCUUCUGGCGUGCCGGGCAGAAAGAUAUUGAUUGGGAUUCCGCUGUUCGGCCGGAGCUUCCUCCAUGUCAGCGGGCCCGGUCACAAGAACCGAGGUGCUGGUGGACAAGACGGCUUGUUCGAGUACAAGCAGCUUCCAAGAAGAGGCACUAAGGAACUGGUGGACAAACGCGCCGUCGCCGCCCAAUGCGUCGGUGGAGACGGUGGUUUUGUCACGUACGACAACCCAGACACAGUGAGGGUCAAGGCAGCCUUUUGCAAGCAGAAAGGCCUCGGAGGAUUGUUUUACUGGAGCGCGCCGUCUGAUGCCAAGGACAGCAAAAGGAGUCUUAUCACGACAGGAUUUAAGACGCUGCAUAGCUCCUGA